ACUCUUCGCUGUUCAACGACACAAACAAACUCAUAAUCUCACGAGAGAUCACUCCCUCUCCUCUCUCCACCCACUCUCUCUCUCUCCACCCACUUUCUCUCUCUAAAACCCAUCACACCGUUCACCAUUGUCGCCCUUCACACCUCUCACUGGCACCCAGCUCAUACUUUCUCUCAUUCAUUUCUGAGCACUACAGCAGCAGAGCAGUUAGUGUGCCAAGAUAGAUAGCAGAGGGGAGAGACUGAGGACGACGGCCUCCCCAUGGCGGAUCCGACCAAGCACCUCCCCCUCGGCGGCGGAGGCCCCUUCCUGUCCGAGCUCAAGACCCUCCUCGGCGCCUCCAGGAGGACCGCCGCCUUCGCCUAUGGCUUCAUGUUCGCCUUCGUCGCCCUCACCGUCUUCCUCCUCUUCAACCCUUCCCCCAACUCCUCCUCCCCUUGGCUCUCCGGCGUCUUCACCUCCGCUUCCACCGCCGACUCUUACAGAUCCCACUUCUCCUCCCUCUUCUCCUACUUCUUCCCCAACUCCUCCUCCUCCUCCUCUCCCCCGUUGCCUCUUGCUCCCAACUUCUUCCCUCCUCCUCCUCGUCCUUCUCCGCCGGACUCUCCACCUAGAUCAGCCAACGCCACCGUGUCUCAGCCGCCCCCUGUGAAGAAUCAUAUAGAGGUCCCUGAUAUUUCCACUGUUUCCCUUACAAAUGAGACUUCAAAUUCGAACAGCUCCACCCAAGUUUCUCCGAAUAGUGCAAGUAAACCUCGAGCUGCAAAUCGAACUCCGGCGAAUCAGACACGGAGCUCGCCCGGUCCUUCUUCCAGUCCGACUCCUCCUGCGAAGAAGAAUGACACCGCAAAAGCUGUUAAAAGCGGCCCUGCCGACAAGGUGAUUGCGUCGAAUUACACGGCUUCGCUGUCGAAGAGAGAUAGCAACAGUAAUAAGACUGUCCCGGUUCCUGCCCCUGUUCCGGCAGCUCCGCAGGGGAAGGGAACUGAUCGGUUGGAGCCGCUGGAGAAGUGCGACUUCUUCGAUGGGCAGUGGGUGAUGGACGAUUCCUAUCCGCUCUAUAAGCCCGGGUCAUGUUCUCUGAUCGAUGAGCAGUUCAACUGUGUGCUCAACGGGAGACCUGAUAGAGACUAUCAUAAGUUCAGAUGGAAGCCUAAGGGCUGCGAUCUCCCAAGAUUGGAUGGAAGUCGCAUGCUCGAAAUGUUAAGAGGGAAGCGGCUCGUUUUUGUUGGGGAUUCAUUGAAUCGGAAUAUGUGGGAGUCCCUAGUUUGCAUACUGAGAAAUUCGGCGAAGGAUCGGAAAAACGUCUAUGAAGCCAAUGGAAGGCAGCACUUCCGUGGUGAAGCUUCCUACUCUUUUAUAUUUAAGGAUUAUAAUUGCACAGUGGAGUUCUUUGUUUCGCCAUUCUUAGUUCGGGAAUGGGAAAUGCCAGACAAAAAUGGAACGAAGAAGGACACUCUCAGGCUUGAUCUAGUCGGGAGGUCAUGCGAUCAAUACAAAGGUGCUGAUGUUAUUGUAUUCAACACUGGGCAUUGGUGGACUCACGAGAAAACUUCCAAAGGGAAAGAUUAUUAUCAAGAAGGCAGCCACGUCUAUAGUGAGCUGAACGUUUUGGAAGCAUUUCGGAAAGCUCUAACGACAUGGGCUAGAUGGGUCGAUGCCAAUGUUAAUCCAAUGAAGUCUCUUGUGUUCUUCAGAGGAUAUUCUGCCUCCCAUUUUAGUGGUGGGCAGUGGAACUCGGGUGGCCAAUGCGACAGCGAGACCCAACCCAUCAAGAACGACACUUACCUGCGGGAGUACCCGCCAAAGAUGACUGUAUUGGAGUCAGUGUUGAAAGGGAUGAAGACCCAUGUAACGUACCUGAACAUCACACUAAUGACCGACUAUCGGAAGGAUGGCCACCCUUCCAUUUACCGGAAGCGGCACCUGACGGAUGCAGAGAGGAGAUCUCCGCUAAUGUUUCAAGACUGCAGCCACUGGUGCCUCCCUGGAGUGCCCGAUGCGUGGAACGAGAUCCUCUAUGCCGAGCUGUUGGUAAAGUUGAACCAGAAGGAUCAACAACAGCAACAGCAGAAGAGACCAUAGUAAGCCCGCCGUGCACAUAACAUUAAAUAGAGGUGAUAGUGAAAAAAAAAAAAAUCUUUUUCUCCCUUUCAAGUAAAUUUGAGCCAAAAAGAAGCAUUAUUUUGUACCUAUAUCAUCCCAUACAUAAUUUUUUUUUCCUCCUUCCUCUGCUCAGUUUUUGGCAUUACAGAUGCAGGAAUCAAGUAUUGUUUGGAAGGGUAUCAUGUAGGAGAAAAUGCAUAUUGUAGAGAGAUUUUUGUAUCCAAUAUAUAUUUCCUCCAUCAUUAUAAUUACUCGACGAGGAAGAAACAAUAUAAUUUUUAUUAUACGCA